CCUUCUUGUUCUCAUUUAAUUCCAGAGGCUUCAGACCCAGCUUGGCUCUGAGCUUGUUUGUCUCCUCAAUGCUGAGAGAUGCGUCUCCACUUGCAGACUGAGGCUGCAACUCUGUAUUGCUUUCUUCAUAUCCAAGAUCAACUUUCUCCUUCUUCACUCGUGGCUCCCCGGUGCUCCUUUCACCUUUGCUGCGGCUCUCUCGUCCGCUUCUCUCCCGAGACCUGGAGCGUUUACGUUUCUCUUUAUCCCGAGUCCCAUCCCGGUCUGAAGCAUCUCUUUCUCGGUCCUUGUGGCGAUGUUUCUUAUGUCGGUCCUUCCGCUCUUCUGCGUCUUUGUCGCGGCUUUUUUCCUUACGUUUCUUGGAAGAUCCCAUUAUUUCCUUUGCAGAGUACAACAGUUGUAACUAAAAAAAAAAAACGAUACUGUUGUUAGUAUAUCCGUUUACAGCCAACCCGUUUUGAUGGAUAACGGAAGGAAAGAUGUUCCUUCGCUAACUAGCGUUAGCUCAUAUUAGCUUUGAAUGCUAAGUGGCUAACCAACGACACAACUCACUUAGUGCGUAGGCAAAAAUGAAACCUUACAUUCAAAAUCCAGUAUUGAUCGACGAAACGUGAGGAUGUGGAAAAAAUACUUAGCUAUAUGUUUCUUUCACGGCAGUUUAACCACCUAGCUUCACGCUCAGGGACACAACGUUACGUCGUCGUCAAACACCAAACUUAGCUAGCUACUGUUUCCGGUAAAUACACUUCCUGUGGUCGAAGACAUUAAUGUUACGCAUACUGCCACCUGCUGUAUGGGAGUGUUAUAUCAGUAUGCAUUUUGUUGUGAAUUCCAGCAAGCUGUAAGUGGGUGACAUGGCAACUGGAGGCACUCCUUUAGAUGACAGUGCAGAAGAGCUGCACAAUUGGACUGUAACCAAUGGCAGUCUGGAAGAUAGACUCAACAACCUGGACUGGGGUGUUCAGCAGAAGAAAGCCAACCGAUCUUCAGAGAAGAACAAGAAGAAGCUGCCAGCUGUUGUGGUGGAGAGCCGUCUGACUAAUGAUAUUUCGCCGGAGUCCACCCCUGGGGCCAGUCGCAGGAGAGCGCGCACUCCUCAUUCCUUUCCCCACAUCAAAUACACCACCCAGAUGUCUGUCCCAGACCAGGCUGAGCUGGACAAGCUGCGUCAGAGAAUCAAUUUCACAGACUUGGAUGAGAGGAGCAUUGGCAGUGACUGCCAAGGACGUGCCACAGCUGCCAACAACCAGCGGCAGUUCGCUGGAGAGAACAAGAAGGCCUACAACUUCCUACCUCUGCAUGUAAACACUAACAAAAGCAAGGAACAGCUCCAUCCCUCCUCCUCUGCCCCAGCCACACCAGCGAUUACCAAGGAAACUAAGAAGCAGAGUCCAGGACUCAGGGAUACGUUAACCCCUUUGGUUCCUACCAAGGAAACUCCAAGGCUCAGCCGUGGUGGCACUGAGAGAGGGCCCUUAGCGCACAGAGAAUAUGGGAGAGAAGAGCUGAGAAUAGACAGCAGCCAGGUGGUGAGCAAACUGGUACAGAUCCGCGAGUACAUCAGUAAGGCCAGCUCCAUGCGGGAUGACCUGGUGGAGAAGAAUGAUGUGCCGGCCAACGUGGAGCGUCUCUCCCAUCUCAUCGACCACCUCAAGGAGCAGGAAAAGUCCUAUUUACGGUUCCUGCAGAAAAUGCUGACACGGGAGAAUGAUGAGGACGAUGUGGGGACCCUGGACUCUGCAGUGGGCUCAGGUUCACUGGCAGAGAGCACUUCUCUAAACAUUGAGGUCCGUUCUUCAGAUGCCUCAAAUGCAACGGGCGGUAGGCCAGAAACAGUGCGAGCUGACCAAAAGGAAGAGUUGGAGAAUCUGCGUAAGCAGCACGAGCUGCUGAAGAAGAUGCUGGAGCAGCAGGAGCAGCUCAGGGCCCUGCAGGGCAGACAGGAAGCACUAAUGGCCAUGCAGAACAGUGCAGAGCAGGCACUUGCUGUGAUUGAAGACACUGUUGUCACGGAAACCACAGGCAGUGUUUCAGGCCUGAGUAUCACGUCUGAACUGAACGAUGAGUUGAACGAUUUGAUCCAGAGGUUCCACAACCAGCUACACGAUUCUCAGACUAAAGCAGUUCCAGACAACCGUCGCCAGGCAGAGAGCCUUUCCCUCUCUAGAGAGGUGUGCUGGUCUAGGGCUCCCCAGGCUGUUGGUCCACCUCAGCACAGGCCUCUCCUCCACUCUGCCUCUGGUCCCCACACUGGCCUAGACACAGGGGCAACCGCUGCCAGUGCCAAACUCACUAAGCUCCAAGAACUCCAAGACAAAAAGCAAACCAUGGACAAGAUCCUGCAAGAGCUGCAUUCACUCAGAGACCAGACUCUGAACAACAACAACUCGUGUCGUGGCUUGUCAACACAGUGCAGUCUGAGUAUGGGAGGAUCUUCAGAUUCUCCAUCUGCACUCUGCUCUAAUGGGGCCUCAGCUUCUACUCCCUUUCAUCCUUCACUCUCGCAGCGCCAGGACAGCUCCAAUUCCACAGACAAGCUCAGGAAGCUAAAGGAGGUUCACAAGCGUUUAAACGAGCUGCGGGAAUUGGUUCAGUACUACGAACAGACCUCUGAUAUGAUGGUGGAUGCUGUCAAUGAAAAUGUGAAAGAGGAGGAGGAUGAUGAUGAUGAUGAGGAGGAGGAUGAAGAAGAUGAGACAGAGGACGGUUCUAUGUUUGAGGCCAUGUUUGACUCUGAGCAGGAGACCCGCCAGCCUGUAACUAACAUCAGAAACCCACAGCGCAGUGGGAACUGGACAGACUUGAACAGCCUGACCAACAGGCGCAGUGUCAGGAGCAGUCGCACUAACAACCGAGAUGGCAGACUCAACACUGAGUGUGAGAUCAACAACCGGUCAGCAGCCAACCUGCGCAGCCUCAACAUCCCCUCAGCCAUAGAGUGCCAGUACAAUAGGGACACCCCCUAUAAUCAGGUGAAGGAUGACAAUGACGAUGAAGACGGUCUUGAUAAUGAUGAAGGGGCACAGGCUGUGGCUCCAGACAGUGAGGCCUCAGGGUCCAGUCGAAGAAGCAGUCUGGGGAACAAUGGCGGUUUUGCCCAGAAGGUUCAUCGGCACACAGCGAAGCAGAAACUCCGGCAGCUUCAGGAGCUGGUGGCCAUGGUUCAGAGUGACGACACUGAUGGCGCAACCGCUAAUGAGGACGAAGCUUUACACCAACAGCCAAAUAAUACCAGAGCUACUAUGACUGGGUCGCUGGCAGCCGGGUCUAAACAGAAUCCCAGAGAACUCGCUCUCUCCAGCAAGGCCAGGUACAGUACAAGGGAGAAGCUGUAUGAGGAGAAGCUGCGUCAACAAAAGCAGGAGCUAAAGCAGCUCCAUGAAGAGCGCCAGAGGCUUAUUGAAAUCCAAGGCAAGAUCCAGGACCUGCAGUGGGCUUGCCCUGACCUCCAGUCAUCUGUGUCCAGCACAGUGAGUCAGCAGGGCUUGCUGAGGAAGGUUCCAGUUGCAGUUUCCACUCCAGCCACUGUCCUGGCUUCCUCCUCCUCUGGACCCAAAACCAACUCUGCUGCGCUCAAACCCACUGCUCCUGAAGCGGCUACUUCUUCAGUCACUGACAAUGAGCAGCUAUGGUCUGAGAUGCGUCGCCACCAGAUCUUGCGAGAAGAACUGCGACAGCGCAGAAAGCACCUGGAGUCCUUGAUGGCUGAACACCAGAGACGUAAUGGUCUCAGUGACUCUUCAAGGCGGAUUGAUGACUCAGAAGGCCCUGCUACACCCUCACAGCCUGUUAGUAGGGAUGAAAGGACGAUGGCUACCUGGGGUUCCACUCCCUGCCACCUUGAAGAGGAUGACGAUGAUGAAGACGAGGAUGAGUAUCACUCAGAGAUGGGUGCCGAGGAGGAAGAGGAGCAAGAAGAAUGUUCAGAGAGCAGCUCUGAUGCCGACCUCCACAUCUACUCAUCCAGUAGGAACCAGUGCUCCUACAGCAACAGGAAGAAUCAAGAAAGCAACCUAAAGCCUCCACCAGCCUUCUCAGGUGAAGGUAGUGUGAAUCCAUCUCUUCCUAACAAGACUAAGGCCAAGCAGCAGCAGCAACAACAGCAGCAGUCCAGAAGUUUGAACCAGUCUGCGACGAGCGAGCAUGGUGGUACACGACGACAAGAGAACCUGCGCUGGGCCUCUGAGCUGUCUUUCACCGAGGGCUCAUGUCAGUGGCAGGAACAGGUCAGCCAGCUGCAGAGACAGCUGGACUUCAGCACGAGCAUGUGCCAUUCACUCCUGCAGGACCAGCAGACACUCUCUUACAUGUUGCAAACCCUGCUGACGGGUCAGUACAGUGUGUUACCCAACAACCUGUCAUCACCACAGGUCCACCUGGUCAUGCACCAGCUCAACCAGUGUUACACCCAGCUGGCUUGGCAGCAAAACAACAUACAAAGACUAAAGCAGGUCCUUAAUGACCUCCUUCGCCAGCAGCAGCAACAGCAUCAGCAGGCUUCCUCUUCAACAGCAGGUUGGCAGACACAGAAGCGUGGCUCGUCCCAGGAAUCCAGCUCCGCUCCCUCAGCCUCCCCUGGUGUCUUCCUCCCCUUCUCCACUACCCUGCAUCCUUCAAUCAACAACAUGUCAACUGCUGCCUUAUCCCCAUUCCCUCCUGGCUUUAACUUAUAUCCACUCUUCCCUGCUCCCAUGGGGGAGUUCCCUCAGGGUGCUGCAAGUCAGGCAACCGCUGACCAACGGAAGCAGCAAUUAGACCCCAACACCUCAAUCAGAACCGAGUACAUGAGUUUCCCUCCUCCGCUGCAGCGCUCUCCUCUUAACACCUCUACAGAGAGAGGACCGGCUGGCUGGCUUAAAACCUCCUACGCAAACAACUCUUUCCAGCAUCAGCAAUCUAAAACGGAGCCCCAAGAGUCGCCCACCUCCUCCCCCACUUUUGCCAGCCGCCACCCCCGGCCUCAAGAAUUUGACAGGGCAUCACAGGAAAGCUUCAGCAGCAUGCCUGAUCCUGUUGAUCCCACCACCAUCACAAAGACUUUUAAGGCUGGGCGCAAGGCCUCUGCACAAGCCAACCUGGCCUCCCGAAGCAAGACGCCCAAUUCCAAAAGUCGUCGCAGGAGGAGCAAAGGGCACAACAAGAACAGUGAAGGCCAUGAGAGUGACAGUGUUAGCAGCACUGAAGACUUUGUCCAGGAGAGGGCAGCCCUGUCUCGUCAGAGGGAUCAGAAUAAGAGUCUGUUGGACAAGCUGACUCAAGAGAAACUUGACAGCAAAACCAAGCUUGGGAACAAACGAAACGACCUCUCCUCUGCCUAUGCUUGGAGAACACCCUUCCUCUCUAAUAGAAUUGCAUGCACAGAAGCACCAGAUGCAAGCAGCGACUUCUCACUGUUCGAGGCUCUGAGGGAGACCAUCUACUCUGAGGUCGCUACUUUGAUAUCCCAAAAUGAGUCCCGUCCCCACUUUCUUAUCGAGCUCUUCCAUGAGCUUCAGCUGCUCAACACAGACUACUUACGGCAGAGGGCGCUGUAUUCCCUACAGGAUAUAGUGACCAGGCACCUGUCAGAGAAGAGUGCAGCUGAGGACCAGUUGCUCCCUCUUGGCCCUGUGACGUGGGCUGCAGGCUCUCAGUCUGAGCUCACACCCAGUGAGAGUCUGGCAACCAGUGAUGCAGAGAUGGUGGAGAAAAACUUGAGGGUCCCACAGGACAAAAUAAAGAAGAGGGAUGAUGCAGAAUCUGUGGACAACGACAGCACCAUGUCAACCUCCUCCAACCUGGAACCAUUUGCUAACGAUGACCUGGGCAACACGGUGAUUCAUUUAGACAAAGCUCUGGCCAGGAUUAGGGAGUAUGAGCGCAUGAAGCUUAAAGCUGAGUUUAACCCCUGCAACGCCAGCUCUGCAGGUGCAGGUGGCUCUGAAGUCUCAAUUGCUGUACAUCCUUCUUCUAACUCUGCUGACCCACUGGAAGGAGGUGCAGCCGGUGACAUGCGCUGCCCUCAGAUUGACACCCAGCAGUUGGAUCGUCAGAUCAAAGCCAUCAUGACCGAAGUCAUUCCUUUCCUUAAGGAGAACAUGGAUGAGGUGUGCUCCCUCCAGCUGUUGACAUCUGUGCGGCGCAUGGUCCUGACUCUCACCCAACAGAAUGAUGAAAGCAAGGAGUUUGUCCGCUUUUUCCACAGGCAGCUGGGAGGCAUACUGCAGGACUCUCUUAGCAAAUUUGUGGGCCGUACUCUGAAGGACUGUGGGGAGGACCUUCUGGUGGAGAUCUCGGAGAUCCUCUUCAAUGAACUCGCCUUCUUUAGGCUCAUGCAGGAUUUGGACAACAGCAGCAGCAUCGCCUUGGCAGCCAAACACCGAAAUAAGAAGAGGGAGGAUCAUCCCAGUAGAGCAAGGCACGGUCUCAAGGAAAAUACAGUAGCUGGUGGUGAUAAAUCAAAGUCUUCAGCCUACACAGAUGAAGACAAGGACCAAGAUGAGGCCGAGCAGGAAGAAGAUUCUACCCUCCAGGACCUUUACCUGCAGACGGAGACAAAGAACUGCAGGAGCAGUGAAGCUUCGGAGGUAGAAGAGGAAGAUGAGGAUGAAGGGGAUGGGCAGGGAAUCCCCCUGUCGAUCAGUCUUUCCAAAGCAGAGACUCAGGCCCUGACCAACUACGGCAGUGGAGAGGAUGAGAAUGAGGAGGAGGAAAUGGAGGAGUUUGAAGCCGGACCCGUUGAUGUCCAAACAUCUUUGCAGGCUUCUGCUGAUGGACAGGUGGAGCAGGAGGGGACGACGUCCAGCGAAACCCAGGAGACUAAAGCUCAACAGAGGAGUCUAGAGAACGAUGAUGAAAUCAACAAGUCAGUUGGGAGCGUGGAUUCCACAGUCGAGGACCGGGACAUGGCGGAGUGCCAGAGACCUGAGGAGGAGAGUCAAGUUGGGGCGGCUGCUGCCUCAGAAGAAAGCUGUCGUGAAGUCUCCCGUGAUCAGGAUGUCCCCAAGGAGACGAUCCCAACGAGCAGCCCUGACACGGACUCCCCGGUCAUGAUCAAUGUCGACGAGAUGGGCUCAGGUAACACCAGUCAGAAAUCUGAUGAGGAAGACUUUGUGAAGGUGGAUGACUUACCGUUGCAGCUUGCAGUCAUGUGUGAGGAGGAACUACAGAAGAGAAUAGUGGAGGAGCAGCAGAACAACAACCUGUCUGUGGAGAUCCUCAAUGGGAACACUGAAUCGCUGACUGGGCUGGUGGGAAACGCACAGGCACUGAAGGAACCAGACCCCGUCGGUGCCCAGGGCGUGUAAAGAUUUAUACCGAAAGUGUAUGAUUUUUAGCAACACUAUGCUUACACCCUCAAUCUGCUCUGGAUGCAUGAUUGUUGAUUCUUUAUCUGCUAGUUUAAAGGAGCAAAGGCUCCUGAUGUUGGUCACAAGGUUAGCUGUGACUCUUGACACACAACGGAUACAACUUAACCUCUACACAUAAUCAACACUUAGUUUGUUUUAUUGCUGAAUGUUUAAUGUGAUUUAUGGGUAAUCUGGAGGGGAGGGGUUUUCUUUAUGCUGCUGAUUACUGACAGUUAAGCCUCUGUCUGAAUCGUUAUACUGUAGUCCUGAAACUCCUGUUCAGAUCCGCCUUAGUCUCCUUGGUUCUGGGAUCAGUCUAACAUUGUUGUGGUUUUUUAAAAAAUGUUUUAUUUGUUUUGGCCUGGCCUUAUUGUUACACACCUGGUCUUUCCUGCACUUGAUUCCUAAUUCUAAGGAGCUUAUAGUAGCAUGGAAUUUUAGCUGUAGCCCGGCUGACUUCAGCUAAUUGUUUUUUUUCCAGCUUGAACACUUUUUCCUUUUAUAUCGGAGCUCUAAGCUCAGAUUGAACUUUUAUCCCUUCAGAUGCAUCUUUAUAUAUUGUUCUGUUAAUGGUAAGUCUCCAUUAUUGAUUUUCAUGUAAUUAAAAUGUUGACUACAGUAAUAAGAUUUCAAUAAUAAAAUGCUGGAACUUUCAAAAA